CGUCGACGUUAGCCAAUGACAUCGAGAGGAGGGAAGGGACACCACGUCGGGUUGGACGAAAGCUGCUCUUGUCGGUGGAGGCGGCGGAAAUGGCGGCGCUUUACGCUUGUACCAAGUGCCACCAGCGGUUCCCUUUCGAGGCGCUCAGCCAAGGGCAGCAGCUCUGAAUGUCGAAUUGCACACCCAAUUGUUAAAUGUACCUACUGUAGAACUGAAUUCCAGCAGGAGAGUAAAACCAAUACAAUAUGCAAGAAGUGUGCUCAGAAUGUGAAACUUUAUGGGACGCCAAAGCCAUGCCAGUACUGCAACAUAAUCGCAGCAUUUAUUGGCAACAAGUGCCAACGGUGUACAAACUCGGAGAAGAAAUAUGGGCCACCCCAUUCAUGUGAACAGUGUAAGCAACAGUGUGCCUUCGACAGGAAAGAUGAUAGGAAAAAAGUAGAUGGGAAGUUACUCUGUUGGCUUUGCACGCUCUCCUAUAAGCGAGUGCUACAGAAAACUAAAGAACAGCGUAAACAUUUACACACCUCCUCUCGGACAAGCUUGCCGGAAAAGGAGCAAUAUGGCCGACUUAACUGUGGCAUCCACUAUAGCAGCCAGAAAACCUUAUCUACAUCUUCUAUUCAGAAUGAACUCCCAAAGAAAAAACCCAAGUUUGAUGCCAUAUUAGCCAAUGGAGACAGUUUUUCUCCAGAUCUCGCCUUGGAUUCCCCUGGCACCGAUCAUUUUGUCAUCAUAGCCCAGCUGAAGGAAGAAGUAGCUACUUUGAAGAAGAUGCUGCACCAGAAGGAUCAGAUGAUCCUGGAGAAAGAAAAAAAGAUAACAGAACUGAAGGCUGACCUGCAAUACCAGGAAUCCCAAAUGAGGGUGAAAAUGAACCAGAUGGAAAAAACUCACAAGGAAGUUACAGAACAUUUGCAGGCCAAGAACCGAGAGCUCCUGAAGCAAGCUGCAACUUUAUCCAAGGGCAAAAAAUCAGAGAAAUCGGGGGCAAUAACUUCCCCUUAAAUUCAUCAGAUCUCUUGCCCUAAGAUGUCUGGGGUUUAAAACCCCAUGGUUCCAGAACCACACAUGGAUUGCUACUCUUUGUGCAUGUGACAGAAUCCGUUGAGGUUGGCUAAUCAAUAGAGUGCCCCAGUGCUGGUUUAUAAAACCUCCUCUUUCUGUCAUAGUACAGUGAUGAGAAUGAUAUGGAGGUUUGGUCCUCCAAGCUCAAGAACAAGCCCUGUUUAGCUCCGAUAUUUCUCUCCAGCCACUUUUACCAUCACUGCCUUGGGGACUGAUGAAGCAAAAGGGCCUCCUUGCUGAUUGGAUCCUUUACAGGAUUCUGCUUUUGUACUACACAAGAGACCUAAAGUGGCGAGAGCCGGUUUUAAAGCAAUUUUUAAAGCCUUUUUAAAAUGAAAUUGGGGAUGUGUCUACCCCUCAAUUCUUAAGGACAGCUUGAGACUUUUUCUCACAGGUUUAUAAAUUGAGAACGGAGUUUCAGUCAGCAAUUCUCUCUCCAGCUUCUAAAAAUUCAAGAGUUUCUUGGCACUAUAGUUGAAUAUACUCGUAUGGAAGCCAGCAGUUACAAAUUAGUGUUUUGCUCACGUUUUUUAUGCUUCUUUAGGUAGCAUAGCUUUUUAGGCCGGUUCGACAGAUCCUUCCAUUUGGAGUGAUAUCGGGAAUCGGAAGCAGGCUAAAAAUUACUUUUUCAGGUACAUGAGGCGAAUUAGUAACAAGUGUACAUCUAUGCAGUUUUUCUGAAGAAAAAUAAAAUCAUUUUGACUUCCCUGGCAGCAGGAUAAAAGGAAUUCGGGGGGAAAUGCUGAAACUAGAGGACAGGUUUUCUGAAAUCUUGAGAUAUAUAUAUAUAUAUAUUUGUUUUCUGAGGUUUUCGCGGGUGUUUGUAUGUAGGUCUUUGGUUAUUCGGGUUUUCUCCCGCGUAAAAUUGGAAAUGUCUUGGCGACGUUUCGACGAAGUCUCAUUCGUCAUCUUCAGGCUUCAGCUUCGUGCUUCUGGGAGCAAUGUGCUGGGAGCAAUUGCUCCCAGAAGCACAAAGCUGAAACCUGAAGAUGACGAAUGAGACUUCGUCUAAACGUCACCAAGACCACCCUCAAGUCAGGUUUAUGGGGCUGGCAAGAAAAUGAGACGGCUUUAAGUGCUAAGAGGGAACUCUUAAUGCCCAUAAAGGUAGAAAUGAAAAGAAUUCAAUGAGUUUUUCAGCUCUGAUCCCUGGCUGAAUUUUCUGGGGCAUGGUAAGUGUUCAAAAGCAAUGAGAAGCUGCUAGUGUGUUUUCAGUUUGCUCCAAGCUGAUUGAAUUGGGGGGAGGGGGGAAUGAAGAAAAUCAUUGCAAAGAAAUGCCUCACCCAGCAAUUUGAGAUGAAUUAAUCACCUUUUUAUAUAUAAAUCAAGAGAAAAAAAACCUGUGCUGCUGUUGAUUUUCUGAUGCCCAUCUCUUUAAAAAAAAGAAGACAACUUUGAACUGGGAAGCAUGCAGAAAUUGACGCUGUACUUCAGGUUAUUUAUUUUUUUAAUCUUGUUUGCUCUUUCUGGUAAGAAUCCACUGCCUAAGAAAGAGCAUACUAAAUAGAACCUAAUUUUUAUACUUAAUAAAUAUAUAUAUAUAUAUUUUUAGGAAGAAUUCAUCCAUAGAGAUUUAAGUAGGGUUGUUUUUUUAUCAAUCUUUCCCCCACCCCACUCAAUUAAGAAGAGAAUGAUAUUUCUGGAACAAUUUAGGUGUGUGGUGUGUUUCUUCCCCCCCCCCCUUCGUUGUGACAGUUCAAUCAUGCAUUAAAGUGGGUGCUUUGCUGUGAUACUGUUCUUUCUGGAAUGUAUUAAGUUAUUUGUACAAAAGACAUGCUAAAAUAUGCAUCUGGGGGAAGAGGGAAUCUUACAGCAGCAGCAUUUUGUUUUGGAUAUUUUGUGUGUGGCUUUCUGGAUUGGCCCAGACAAAAUAAGCUUUUAUUUUCUUUCUCUCUGAACUUGGGCCUGGUUUAGGCAUGGCUAUCCUCAUGGACGCGGUGGCUCAGGGGCUAGGACGUUGAGCUUGUCGAUCGAAAGGUCGGCAGCUCAGCGGUUCAAAUCCCUAGUGCUGCCGUGUAACGGGGUGAGUUCCCGUUACUUGUCCCAGCUUCUGCCAAUCUAGCAGUUCGAAAGCACAUAAAAAUGCAAGUAGAAAAAAUAGCGUUCCGUGUGCCUUUGGCAUUGAGUCAUGCCAGCCACAUGACCACGGAGACGUCUUCGGACAGCGCUGGCUUUUCGGCUUUGAAACGGAGAUGAGCACCGCCCCCUAGAGUCGGCAACAACUAGCACAUAUGUGUGAGGGGAGCCUUUACCUUUACCUUUUUAUCCUCAUGAAACACAAAGAGCUUUGGUGUUAGGGUGGAAUUGUCUGUAGCAAAUUAAAAACUUUUUUUUUAAUAAUUAGGAUUUAUUGUUUGUUGUGUCCUGUUAAAUCUUCUUCGCCUAUCUCUGUAACUGUUGUUAUUGCUUUAAAAAAAAAUGGCAAAAGUUUCUUGGGAUUUUAAUAGACUGAAUUGUUUCCUACCAGCACUACAGUUGAAAAGUCUCUCAGUUUGGCUUAUGAAGCUUCCAAAGCUUGACAGUGACAUUUCCUGAUCAGCAUUCUUCCCAUCACACACGCCCCAGGCCCAGAGUGAUGUUUCAUGAAUGAAGCAGAUAGCCGCAAGUAUGAUAGAAGGGCAUAAAUGACAGUUCCUGAGGGAAAUCCAUACCCUCAUCACCUUACUCUUUCAGGACGUCCACAACUGAUGAGUAGCUGUCCCCACCUUUGCCAACCAAAUGAAGAAAAAUUGUGUGAUAUGGUAAAUUGUGGGGGCCAUCAAAAAGAAAUUACAUAUUCCUAGAGCAGUGGUGGCAAACAUUUUACUCGCCGAGUAAAACAGGUGCGAACUAGCGCGAACAGGUACACACUUCGCUUGCGUGCGCGCUAUUCGCACUAACGCGCAGUUCCAUCUGCGCAUGUGCAUGGUUUUUUCAUGAACAAUGCGUACAAAUCAGGGGUGAAAUGCUCCCGGUUCAGACCGGAUCGCCCGAUCCAGUAGCGAUGGUAGCAGGUGGUUCAGAGAACCCGUAGCAAAACUCCCUAACCCCUGUGCCCAGCUGAGCCACACAAUCAUCAGAAGGUUUUUUUUUCUACUUUUAAAAGUAAAAAAAAAAGCCUCUGAUGAUCACGCAGCUCAGCUGGGAUCGUCAGAGCCUUUUAAAAGCAUUUUUUCUACAACCUCUUUGUCCAAAGAGGUUGUAGAAAAAAUGCUUUUAAAAGUGGGGGGGGAAAAAAGGCCAUGCCCUCCCAGUCACAUUACCCCAGCACCAAGCCAUGGCCACAGAACCAGUAGUAACAAAUUUUACAUUUCACCAUUGGUACAAAUGCCAUCUGUGCAUUUGCGCACAAAUGCUCGCACCUGCACAGGAGAGCUCCGAAGACCAGCUGGGUCACCUGAAUUGCGUACAUGCACACUGGAGGCCCAAACACCAGCUGGGGCACGUGCACAUGUGCAGCUACAGGUGAAUUGGGAGACAGCUUGUGUGCCCAGAUAGAUGGCUCUGCGUGCCAUAAGUUCGUCAUGGUCCUAGAGUGAUUAUAGGUUAGCAGCAGAGGUGGGUUUCAGCAGGUUCUGACCAGUGCUGGAGAACCGUUAGCGGAAUUUUUUAGUAAUUUGGAGAACCGGUAAAUACCACCUCUGACUGGCCCCACCUCCAUCUAUUCUCUGCCUCCCAAGUCCCAGCUGAUCGGAAGGAAAUAGGGAUUUUGCAGUACCCUCCCCCUGCCAUGCCUACCAAGCCACACCCACAGUACUGGUAUUACAUAUUCCUAGAGCAGUGGUUUACUACCAGUACCCACAGUACUGGUAGUAAAAAAAUUUGAAACCCACCACUGGUUAGCAGUGACAGUUCUUUGUCCCUAGUCAUAGCGGGUGAUUGCAUAGAGGCUACUAUAGUUGAGGUCAGAAAACCUAGGCAGAGGUGUAGCUUGAUGGGAGUUUGAUGGCAGACCAUCACAAAAUCCCAGGUGUGUGCAGACUAGACUGGGAAGUUAAAAUGCACCCCUGAAGCAGGAAGCUCACUUCUGUAUUGUUGCUAAGAAAGCUACGUUGCAGCACUCAGGUAAUUAACAGGUGCCUCAACCUAGGGACAUUCUUGCCUGUUUAUACGUGUUCCUUGCCAUAUCAAGUGCAAUGGCAUAUUUGGUGCAUCCUAACUGCAGGAAGGGGCAGGUAAGGUUUAUGAGAUUUGCUUUGGUGGUUUUGUUUGUUUUUGCUUUUUGUUUCUUAAAAAAAAGAAUGACCCCUGAAAUCUUUCUGUGGGAAGUUAGUGCAAAUGGUUGAUGUCUUAGAAUUAAGGAGCUCUGUUCUCACGAACAAAGAUAAAAAAUUUAAAAAUAGAUUGAAAUAGAAAAACAGGAUUUUGAAGCAUAACUUUAAGGAGAAAUGCCAGCAUUUUAAUUAUUUCCAACGGUUCUGUUCAGAAUAUUUUACAGAUGAUGGCAAUGGUUAAUGUAGUUAACAAAGGACACCAUUUGAAUAUAAUGUAUCCUUCAUUGUAAAGUUUUCUAAACUUGUUGUUUGGUUACCUUUUUAGCAAAAACCAUUUAUAACGCUUAAAUACCUCUGAAAAAUGGAGUUUAGCUUUCCAGUAUUUUGUGAAGACAAACAAAAAAAGUUGAACUGUUUCUUAUAUUUAUAUGCUUAAGGAAUUGUGGAUAAAAAACCAAAAUGAGAAUUCAUAAUGAAAUGUUGGAUGCUUACUUGUUUUCACAGUUGCUUCAGGCUGUUUCCAUUUGUGUUUAUUAUCACUAACACAGUCCAAAAAAUAAAUACACUUAAAUGGAGCAUUGUGCCAUUUAUGGAUUAUUACCUUGAUCAAUUCUUUUUUUCCUCACUUUUUGAUGAUUUGCUGAAACAGAUUUAAAAGGAAUUUGCAUACUGCAAAGAGUUUGAGCAAGCUUCAUUGGACUUCAGAUCAGUGUCUCAAGAGUUUUUUUUUAAAGACUUUCAAGAGGAUAUAUCAUUUUUAACUAAUUAUUUAUCACUGACAAAGUUCUUUUGGCAUUAAAUGAAGUUGAUGUACGUCAUUGUUCAAAUAUUAAUGGUCUUAAUUGAUGAGCUUUAGAGAGUUUGUAUAAGAAUGACUGAACUUGGAUUAUUUGUAGCCAAUUUAAAACUUGUGACCAAUCCUUUUGCAAAGUAUAUUCGAAGUAACAGCAUAAUCUUCUGCUCUAGAAAAUCCCCAUUCCUUGUGCUGAGUAAAUUUAUCCUCAUAGUUGAGAAGGGAAUUAUUGGAGAAUAAGAAAAUAUCAGGUGCUAUUAAUAGAUUCUACCUUUUCAGACUUCUUAAAUAAUAUUUGAGGAUUUUGAGAUAGUAGAUAAUUAAUGUCUUUGUAUUCAGGUGAAACAGUAUCACUUUAAUCAAAUCCAGAGGGAGGAUGUAUUUAUCCUUUAAUUAUUAUUUUAAUAUGUAAUCAUUUUUCAUUUUCAUAGCAACAAAAUAAUAUUCCAAAUUGGGUAUGUCUAAACAUCUCUCAUGUUUUUAUUAAUAUUCUGUGGUCAACCUAAUCUAUUUAUCACUGUAUAUAAUUGAAGGAAACUUGCCAAAUACGAAAUCAAGUAGGUAAUAUAUUGGGGUGCUUGGAAUAACAUAGAAUUUUAGAGGAAAAGGCAUUUUAAGCUAUUUUACCAAAUAAUGAGAGCAGAAAAUAUUGCCCUGACUUAAAUCCUCUUUUAAUCUUGUGCAGAAGAGAAUCAUUAAUCAUUAAAGCUUCUUUAGCUGGUGCCAAUUGUUUGAAAAAUUAUGCCUAUUUAAAUUCACAUGAAUUAACAUAAAACCCAGUAACUUUUUAAAGCCCAUUUUAUGCUUGCUUAAUGUUAAUUGAACGGAAUUGUUUGUUUAUUUUGCUACUCUGUGCUAAUCAUUUUAUAGUAAUAUUCAACAAAGUAGUCAGGGACUUUUAAAGAAAUCUGUAUAUAAUCAUAAUUGCUACUCUACUUAACAUCUUCAGAAUCCAGGAAUUAGAGCAAAGAACUACAACUUAUUUAGGGGGGGGAGAAAUCUAUUCCUGAUUAACUUUUUUCAUCUCCAUAAGUUCUGAACCAAUAAAUCUACAGUUCCCAUCAUGCCUGAGCUAAGGUAUACUCCUCUUCACCUGUCACACAACUGGCAGCUCCCUGGCUCUCUCGUCCAGUGACAGGAUGGGUUGCAUUAGCCAGCAAGAGCUGGCUUUUUGUGAUUGCUUAGCUUUGCAGUCUGCCCCAUGCUAUAGCAGGAUUAGGGCGGUGAGCUCAUUGGGAAAGGAUGGCAUGCAUGUAAAUAGCUGUCUGCUGGAUACACUUCCAACUGUACUGUCUAGUAGCUGACUUGUCCGGUUACAAAGAAACGAUAAGUGUGAGAGUCAUCCAGAAGAUUAAAAAAUAUAGAGGGGUAAUCAUUAAAGGAAUAUAGUGCCCCUUAAUUCAAGAGUGUGACCAAGCCGCAUGGUGGCUUAGGAGUGAAGCUCUCGCCUCACAAUCAGGAGGCUGAGAGUUCGGUCCUCGGGCAGCAGCAGAUAUUUCUCUGUGUGCAAAGGGAAAAUACCUGCUGUGAACUCUGCAUAGGCAUCAGGAAGGGCGUUCAGCCAGUAAAUGCUCAGCUCCAUUCAAUGGCCUCAACUCCACCCCGAUGCAAGGGAUUAUAGGGUCAUUAAAAGAGAAAAAAAUUCUAGAGUGUGAUCAUUCUGCCCAAUUCUGAGGUCUUAACUGGGCUUUUCAAGCUCUAUGAAGCAGGUCAUCCUCUUGAGAUUGAAGGAAAGAGCCAAGAAGCGGCAAUGGACACCAGGGUACUGAUUUCUAUUCCCCAUCCUUCAGGUCUUUCUUAAAAUGGUCUGGAAAACAGAUGUUCUUCAGAAGUUCUGGUGUUGGAACUGCAUAAGAUGCUUGUCCCACUGAUGAGUCCAAACGCUGUCCUUUCAAAGAGAUGGACGUGGUGCUUAUGGGUAAGAUUGCAAUAAGCAAACUGGGCGUACAGGUUAAAGAGAGCAGAAAUAACAAAACGUAUUAAAUCAUAAAACACCACCCUGGAGUUUUCAUUUGCAGACCUUAAUUGAUGGUAACCUUGUAUUCUAGCUUGAAUUUAAAAAAACGAUUCCGGACGACUUCCGGUGUCCAGCGGCAACGGACGUCUGGAAGGCUUCUCCUGCCUCCAGCGCCCGAAUCCGGCCGCCGCCGAGGCCCUCAGGGGCCAGGUGUUCCGAAAAGGACACCUGCCGCACGGACGGCUCGCCAGGGGUCUC